CAGAUUAAGUCAUCGACCGAAUCGCAAGCCUAGUAUAUACUGCUCCUAGUUCCGCUACCGUUACUAGCCCGAACUAUCUUCCCGCCUGUCAGAUAUAACUUUCUUUUAAUCUUCCUCAUCGUUGAAGCUUCCGGAGACGACAAGAAUCGCUUUUUACGCCUUUUCAUGUCACUACCCGUCGCGGUGUCGCUAUCAACCGAAUUAAGGGAUCUAUAAUCGCCCAGUUAAGAAUCCUACGGCGGCAAUUGAGAGGCGGAGCCUUAUCAUUUAACCCACGACCUUUUUUUCUCUCUUUUUUUCUAUACUAUUUCUUUUUCUCUAUCCAUUUAUCGCAAAUCUACAGAUUAGAUCAAGAUGGGACGGAGAAAGAUUGAAAUCAAAGCCAUUAAGGAUGACAGAAACCGUUCUGUCACGUUCCUGAAGCGAAAAGGCGGUUUAUUCAAGAAGGCGCACGAGUUGUCCGUGCUCUGCUCCGUCGAUGUCGCCGUGUUCAUCUUUGGCCAAAACAAGAAGCUUUACGAGUAUUCCUCGAGCGAUAUGCGAGAUCUGAUUACAAGAUAUCAAUAUCAUGGCGGUCCGAACGAGCACAAAGGCCCUCACGACUAUAACGGUGGCGAUGACGAUGAUGACGAUGAUGGCGAGGGCACACCACCUCACGGUCACGAAGGGUCUGUCGAGCCUCAGAUGAUUCCUCCCCACUUCCAAGGCCAACCUCCUUUCCCCCAUCUAAGGCACCACACUCCUUCCGCGUCGCCUCCCAUUAACGGAAUGCCAUUCGCGCCUCGAGGCCACACCCCACAGCCGCAAAUCGCAUCCCGACCAUCGUCCAGAAAUGACUUCCGCCGCGACCUACGUGUCCCUCAACCUGGCGCCCCUCAGCAAGUCACGAACGGCUACGCGUACAUGCCUCAGCCUGCCAUCUACAACCCGCAAAGCCAACCUACCUAUCAACACGGUCUUCCGCCGGCAGCUCCGGCUCAAUAUCAAUACGCUGCUACCCAACAGCACGCUCCGGUCCAGUCGUAUAUGGAGGAUCAGCGUCGGUCAUCCGUGCCUCCUAGUUACCCCCAGCAAGGCCCUCCGCAGAAUCAGCAACCGCGUCCUUCUCCGCCGCAGCCAACCCACCAGAUGCCUCAGCAAACUCCUCACAUGUCUCCUCCGCAGCCGCCUCCCCAGCAUCUGGAGCCACCGCAGCAGCAGCAGCAUCAGCCGCAGCAUCAGCCGCAGUCGAUGCCAGAACCCCAACAACUUCCUGCACCUAUGGAGCCCAAGCAUGAACCACUCCAAGAGAGGACUGGCCAACGUUUGCUAGAUACGACGUCGGCGAUUAAAAAAUUGCCGCAGCGUAAGGGACACAGCAUUUUUACUCCGAUCGACGAGAACCAGUCAAUCCUGUCUAUGCACUUGGAUUCUUUCAACGCGGAACCCCGUGGCAAGGAUGAUGUGAAUCGGUCCCAAUCUGUGGAUGUUGGCGCUGUAUCGCGUGCCAAAUCCGACUCCUCUCCACCUCUGCCGCAACGUUCUAACACCUCUAACCUACCUAAUUCGCGCAAUUCUAUACCUACAAUCCCCGAAACCACCUUCACUCCUCCUUCUCGCUCCAACAGCUUGAAGGUCGGCGGUGGUUCGCGACCCCGCCUAAAGGUCCAAAUCCCCGAGGAGCAGUCUGAGGCCGGUAGUACUGCCGGCGGCGACACGGCUACCUCUCCCCGCACCACCACGGAAACCACUGCACAAUCCGCUCGCCGGAACGGUGUAGAAGGUCCUGGGGCUGGUGUGGUCCUUCCGCCUCCUUCACCCUCGGCGUCGGCUAUGCUAUCUGCGGGGGCGACCGGGCCUCCCAACCCGUUCGCUAGACCCCAUCCGCAGGCUCAGAACAACAACAGCAUGAAUAUCGACACCCCUGUCUCAGCCCUCCCAUCUAGGUUCCUCAACAAUGAAUUCUUACCGAGCCCUAGUAGUUUUUACCCCGAGUGGAAUUUUCGAGGCAGCGACAGCAACACCCUCCCAAGUCCUCUAAAUUUCGCCACGCCGGUGGUCGGCUCGGGUCCUUCCUUUUUAAGGGAUGAUAACGGGCCGAGCACGACGAAGCGAAAGAGCCCGGAUAUAACCGCCGGUCAUUCGGACGGACCGGAAGGUGGCGAGCCCAAGAGGAUUAGGGUUGACGGCUAGUCGCUCUCUAGUGUAUAUCUAUCUCACUGGCGCUAUCCGGUUAACUACCUUUAUGAUUAUUCUUUGAGUUAAAGGCUUGUUUAUACCGCGACUCGCAAUUGUACAACAUCUUUAUAGAGCAUCGGAGGGCAUCUGCAACUGGAUCACGAAGAGCUAUUAGGAUACCUCCUAGUGUGUGUUUUUACUUGGCAUUUGCUGGCUUGAACUUCAAACUGCGGCGGAUUCGCUCGUUUAUGUCUUGCGCCAUGCAACUCGUUUUUACUUCGCAGCAUCGGCAUGGCGCUCAGGCGUUCUCAUCAUGGUUAUUUUUUUUUAUUAUUAUUAUCUGAUUUUACCCUCGAUCUCAAACCUCAAAAUUUUAUGCGAAUCGACAGCUCGCUGCUGCCGGUGCCGGUUGAUUUAGAGAGACGGACAUGACGAAUGAGUAAUGGAAUUUGUGAUUAACUAGCUUCAUCGCAUUCUAUCCGGAGAAAAAAAAAGUUUUGAGACGGAAACUUUUUUUUUUGAGAUGAUCAUGGGGCGGCGUUUUUUUGUUACGGACUUGUACACUAUAUAUCUAAGGUUGUUAGAGAUACCAGAGGCGGAUGGGAAUGGGCACAUGUUACCAGAUCCUGAAUGAGACUUGCAUUUGACUUCUGAAAUCUUUUUUACUGUACCACUUGUCCUGUGAAGUGUAGA